ACUGACAUUUUACUUUUUGCUGCCUUAACUCCAAUGGCCGACGCUUCCAUUACCUCCACUGCCACCAGUAGCAUCGCCGCUUCUACGACAGCAAACCCACCCGAAUCCAAAAGUUGGGCAGACCAAGCCGACGAAAUCGAUCAAGCUGAGCAGUCUUCCGCUUCUAAUGAGGACGCUGCUGCCGAGAUAAAUAUCGGAUCUCUACAAGUCGAUGAGUCCAAAAGAGACAACUCCACUCUCUCUGAUCCGGAAGAUUCCAGCAUAGAAGCGGUUACAUCUGGCGAUACUAUGUACAAAUCAGCGAAGAGAUUUGAGGAUUUGAACUUAUCUCCUGAGCUAUUGAAGGGAUUAUAUGUACAAAUGCAGUUUGAGCGUCCUAGCAAGAUUCAGGAAAUUAGUUUGCCUAUGAUUCUUACGCCUCCGUACAAGAAUCUUAUUGCUCAGGCUCAUAACGGUUCUGGUAAAACUACUUGCUUUGUGCUUGGGAUGUUGAGUCGAAUUGAUCCAAAGCUUGCUGCCCCUCAAGCUCUCUGUAUCUGUCCAACCAGAGAAUUGGCUAUUCAGAAUAUGGAAGUGCUAUUGAAGAUGGGGAAGUUCACUGGCAUAACAUCAGAGUUAGGUAUCCCAGCAGAUUCUGCCAACUAUAUUCCAAUUUCAAAACGUCCACCUGUUACGGCACAAGUAGUGAUUGGCACACCUGGGACUAUAAACAAGUGGGUGACGGGAAGGAAACUGGGCAUGAGUUGCAUGAAAAUUCUUGUGUUUGAUGAAGCAGACCACAUGUUGGCAGAGAGCGGUUUUCAGGAUGAUUCCAUAAGAAUAAUGAAGGCAAUUGUUAAAGCCAGCGCUAACUGCCAGGUGCUUCUCUUUUCUGCAACUUUUGGGGAAAAUGUCAAAGCAUUUGUGACAAAAAUUGUUCAAGAUCUUUUCGUGCAAGAUUACAACCAAAUGUUUGUGAAGAAAGAAGAACUUUCGCUGGAUUCAGUGAAGCAGUAUAAAGUACAGUGUCCAGAUGAACUUUCAAAAAUUAUGGUGAUUAAAGACAGAAUACUUGAACUAGGACAGAAGGUGGGGCAAACAAUUAUAUUCGUUCGUACCAGAAACAGUGCAAGUAUGUUGCAUAAGUCAUUGGUUGACUAUGGCUAUGAAGUGACAACAAUUCAAGGUGCCCUUAGGCAAGAAGACAGAGACAAAAUAAUCAAGGAGUUCAAAGAUGGAUUGACACAAAUUCUUAUAUCAACUGAUCUUCUUGCUCGGGGAUUUGACCAAUCACAGGUUAAUUUGGUGGUUAAUUAUGACCUCCCUGUGAGACAUGAGAGUCCAACAGAGCCAGAUCAUGAGGUAUACUUGCAUCGGAUUGGUAGAGCAGGACGUUUUGGACGCAAAGGUGCGAUAUUCAACUUGCUGUGCAGUGACCGAGACAACAUGCUAAUGUCAAAGAUUGAGAACCAUUUCAACCAUCAAGUGGCUGAGAUCUCAUGGAAUAGUGAAGAAGACUUUGAAAAUGCUCUGAAGAUAGCUGGCUUGCUGUAAGCCGAGUAUGAAUGUUGGUUAUAUUCAUAGACUUCGAGUAGAACUACACUGGCUGGUGAUGACAUUUGUAUCGUUGACAGAGCAGCGCUCCGGGGAGGCUUUUCUUCUUGAUUGCUCUCAUGCUUCACUUACCAUUUCUAGUGUUAUAACUUCUCAAAAACAUGCCUAAUCUCCCCAUGCUAAAUAGAAUUAACACUUUUAAAAGGAACAUGUAAAGAAAAACAAUUAUAUUUUAAACACAACAGUGCAAAUGAUUGAAGAACUUCGCUAUCCAGUGAGCAAAAACAGCAGCCAAAGUGACCUCAAACUCCGGUAGGGCUCAAAGAACCAAUGGCAGAAAUACCAAUCACAACCGGUAACCCGAAUCGUCCCCAACCCCUUAUAAUUUGUUUCUCUUCUACUGUAUUAGUUAUUUGCUUCUUUUACUUACUGCCUUUAUGACUCUAUUAUUUCACUUCCUAUUUAUUUUAUUAAGUUAUUUUGGUGUCUUCUGGAAUCUAGUUGCUCUAAAUUUGUAGUCACGAAUUGUGAUACUAUUAUUGGUUCUAAGUUCGUUCUUAUUAUAUGUUGACAGUUUGCUUACUGUUCCUAAA